GUCCUGCCAAAUUGGACACAUCAAGUUCAACCGAUUUGUUUAUUAUGGCUACUUGGUUGUUUUUCGUAGGUGGCUGCUUGGGUGGUCGUCACGUUCAUACCGUAAUCGGUGGAUGGGGCUGGGGCUGGUGCUGCCUGAGCAAUGUCCAAACGAUAUCCCUUGAAGUGAUGACGCUCAAUCCAACUUGUAAACACGUAGAAACUAUAGAGGGGGUUCCAUUGACUGUGACCGGCGUUGCACAAGUCAAAGUUUUAGCUGAUGAGAAUAUUUUGUCCUUGGCUUGUGAACAGUUUUUGGAUCUAGACGCUUCCAGAAUUGAAAACACGAUCCUCCAAACACUGGAAGGUCAUCUUCGAGCUAUUCUCGGGACUUUAACUGUUGAGGCCAUUUACAAAGACCGAGAUCAGUUCGCGUCUCUCGUUAGAGAAGUCGCCGCUCCGGACGUCGGUAGAAUGGGGAUUGAAAUUCUCAGUUUUACCAUAAAGGAUGUUUUCGACGACGUUGAUUAUCUAAACUCCCUCGGUAGGCCACAGGUGGCAAAGGUUAAACGUGACGCUAACAUAGGCGUUGCUGAGGCAGAGCGCGACGCUGGAAUCGUCGAGGCAGAGUGCGAAAAGGAGCGCAUGGAAGUUCGUUGCCAAGCCGAUGCGGCGAUCGCCAAUUACCAGAGGGGCUACGCCUUGCAAAAGGCUGCCUUCGAUGUGGAGGUGAAUCAGGCGCGCGCUGAG